GCGACUGGCAGUGUGUCCCGAUCCACAGUUGGGUGUUUUCAGGGACUUUUUUGUUUACAGGAGGUAAAAUGGCAAAAAGAAGCUGACAGUGGGAAUCUGUAAUUAAGUGUUUUUAUGACGAGGACAGCCAGAAUGGACAAGGAUGGUAAGAAGCCAAAGACUUAUGUGUCUACUUUCCGGUUGGCCCUCAAACCUCAAGCCAGACCUCUCUGUGUGGACAAGAAGAAAGACGAUAACAGGACAUUUGUGGGGAACAACAAACUGGGAGUCUCGUCUGCAACAGCCUCCAAACCGACCCCAGUCCAGUGGGUGAAAACAUCUCACUUCAAACAACCUCUCGGCGACUGCACAGACUGUGAAGGAAGUGAUGCUACUUUUCAAGGUGUUAUCACAGGAAGUCGACCUCUGAACGCUUCCUGGCAACACAAUGACAAGAGGGUGAAUUCAAAUAAGACUUCCUUCAAAAAUAGUGAUGCAAGCCCAGCUCAGACUCGGUGUUCAUCAGGAGAUGCUGGGACGUAUAUAAAACAGUCAAGCAGUGCUGUGCUUCAUAACGCAGCAUCAAAGCAAAUCUCCAGAACAAGUGACCGCGGGCUGCACGGUGAGGUCACGUCCAAGGCUGCGUCACCUGGAAACGUCCAAUUGUCUCCGGCUUCUAAAGAGGAAAGCCAUCAGAGACGGGAAGACAAAGAUAUCACAGACCUUCAAACAAAAGUCUCCACUAACAAAGGACCUCCUGUGGAGUUUCUAGACCCGCCUGAGCAGGUGGAGGUUCGAGCAGGAGAGCAGGCCCGGCUACACUGUGAGUUCAGGAGCAGCUCUGUCCCUGUGGUCUGCUGCUGGAUUUACAACAGAGACAAGGUGGUAGAAGGAGGGCCGAGGAUGUCUUUGAGGAGCAGUGAGACACAAAGUGAUGUGGAGGUCUUUCACACCUGUCCAGCCGACACAGGCUCAUACACCGUUAUAGUACAGAACAGAAAAGGCUCUGCCCAGCAUACAGUCUCCCUCAGUGUCAUAGAUCGACCUGAUCCACCUGCAUCCCAACCUGUUGUUUCCCAGAUGACCACUCAAUCCCUGGUCCUGUCCUGGACCGGUCCAAGCUAUGAUGGUGGCACAGCUGUGUUGGGUUACGUCGUGGAAGUGAGGAGUAAAGGGGCCCAGGACUGGACUGAAGUAAUAAGUCGCUGUAAAAACACAUCUUACCAUGUCCAGUCAGGCCUGGAGCCUCAGGGGCUGUACCGCUUCCGUGUGAGAGCCUACAACUCAGCAGGGAUCAGUGAACCAAGCCAGGAGUCUGAGUGGGUGAACAUGGCGACUGCAGAGAAAAAGAAGGAAGAGCGUAUGACGUAUAUCACCGUGACCAUUGACACCAAACACAAGGUCAAAGACCACUACAACGUUCACGAAAAACUUGGAGUUGGGAAGUUUGGCCAAGUGUUCCGGCUGUCCCACAAAGAGACGGGUCAGGUGUGUGCUGGGAAGUUCUACCGAGCCCGAACCUCCAAGGAGAGGGCGGCAGCUCGCAAAGAGAUCGAACUAAUGAACUGUCUUCACCACUCAAAACUGGUCCAAUGUCUGGCAGCCUACGACACACGCCCAGAGAUGGUCAUGAUCAUGGAAUAUAUUGCAGGUGGAGAGCUCUUUGAACGCAUCGUGGACGACAGCUUUGAGCACACCGAGCCCACCAGUGCCCGCUACAUGCAACAGAUCCUGGAGGGCAUGCGGUAUGUCCACAAGCAGAAUAUUGUCCAUUUGGACCUCAAACCAGAGAACAUCGUCUGCGUGGAUACGACUGGCACACAGAUCAAGAUCAUCGACUUUGGCUUGGCUAGUAAACUGGAGGAUGAUAAACCUCUGAUGGUGAUGCACGGGACGCCUGAAUUUGUGGCCCCUGAGGUGAUCAGCUUCGAGCCUGUGGGCCUGGAGACGGACAUGUGGAGCAUCGGAGUCAUCUGCUUCAUCUUGCUCAGUGGAGAGUCUCCCUUCCAGGGGAACAGCGAUCCUGAGACUUUAGCUCUUGUCACUGCCGCUCGCUACGAGUUUGACCAGGAGAGUUUUGAGGACAUCUCUGAUCAAGCUAAAGACUUUAUCAGCUCCCUGCUGAAAAAAGACCGGAGAUGUCGACUGUCGUGUGCCGAGGCCCUUGCCCAUCCCUGGAUGGUCUCUUUUACCCCUCUGAACCGCAGACCUACAAAAUCCCUCAAUAAGGGGAAGAUGAGGCGCUUUCUGGCCAAACGCAAGUGGAAGAAAACUGGCAAGGCUGUUUUGGCCCUACAGCGGAUGGCUAACCUCUCUAACAGGCCAGACUCUCCUGGCAGCUCCUCAGAGGAGCCAAGCUGGAGCCAAGAGGCAGAGGAGGCCAUUCGGUCAUUGGAUAAGCAGCUUCAGAGUGAACCUCGCUUCCAGCAGGCCCUGAAGGACACCACCCUUCCCAGAGGAGCAACUGCCCGGCUAACAUGCCUUGUCAAUGGUUACCCGCAGCCGGAGUUGAAGUGGCUUCACGAUGAGAAGCCAGUGUGUGAAUCGUGCAGAGUGACCAUGGAGCAAAACGAAGACGGACUUUGUUCUUUGGUUGUGGCUGAUUUGGAGUCUUCUGACUCUGGGAUUUACGUGUGCAAGGCCAGCAACAAACUGGGAGAAGCAAUGUGCUCUGCCAAACUGAAAGUGGAGAUGUAACUGUGACGGAAACGACUUCAGAUUUCCGACAUUUGGAAGGAGACUCUUUAGAAGUAGACUUGAUUUUAAUGAUUUGGUGAAGCCUGGACUUGGACAGGACAUGUCAGUAUAUGGGUGGACUGUUAUUCACCGCUGCACAAAAGGCUGCUUACACAAUUUCAAGGCCAGGAGCAUGUGUUGUGGUUUUCUAUCACGGGGAUAAUGAGGUUUGGGUAUAUAUUCCCAGAGCCCUUUGUUUCACAAGUCACCAGUUACUAGUGCACAUACUCAAGUCUGCAUUCUUUUAAUGUAUGGCUAACGUUCAAUGCACAAGGUUUUGUUGUACUGAAAUUAGGUGAUAAGAUAAGAUACCUUGUCUGAGCUUGGCACUGGUCACAUGAAAAUUGUAUAUUUUGCACAUUUAAAUGCAUUAAAAUUAAAAAAGCUGAA